CCUUCGCCCACAGACUCUUUCACGGGCGGUUCCGAGGACGAGGAAGACGAGUCUAUGGACAUCAAACCCAACAUCGAGGCCAACAACAACGCCGGCACCCCGCCCACCUCCGCCCACCAGCCUCCCUUGGCCCCGCCCACCCUCACGCCCGCGAAUCCGACCGGCCUCACCAACUCCCCUUCCAGCGUCUCCGCGCCCACGCCGGGAGCCGGUCUGCCCGCGGGCGUGCUGAUGGGCGGCGGGCGGCCCAACACGCCCACCAGGUCCCUGGGCGUGGUCCCGCCCACGAAUACCCCGCCCAUCCUCGAGCCGAUGAGAGUUAGCGACACAAAGGUUAAUAGCUCGUUCGCUGGUUUUAAUGAUAGACCCAUAAGCCAUGGUCUCAGCCUCAACGAUCAGGUCAGCAUCACCACCGAGACUCCGCCCACCGAGAAGGACCCAGGCAGCUUUCAUGACUCCGACGUGUCUGACGCUGAGGGCAGCACAGAACCCAAGGACCAAGGGGGUAGCGGCGACCCCAAACUCACCGAUGACGAUAAGGCCGGAAACAAGCGCCGAGGUCCCCGCACGACCAUCAAAGCCAAGCAACUGGAGAUCCUCAAGAACGCUUUCGCCUCGACACCCAAACCCACGAGGCACAUCCGGGAACAGCUGGCCAAGGAGACGGGGGUUGCCAAUGCGGGUUAUACAGUGUCAAAACCCUCGUCAUCUCUAAGUUGCGACCACCAUUCGCCGAUCUCUUUCGCUGUCGAGAUGGCAGUCCGCAAGUUAGAAGCGAAACCGCGCCUCAUGCCCAGCCGAGCCAUGACGAAAACUGAUCUGAAUUUUAACCGACUUCCCUCUUGUCCUCUGGUUGUCACGUGA